AUGAGGUUGCAGCCGAGGAAAAAGAUGCCGAACAUGACGGUGAGCGAUAGUACGCACAGGACGGCGAUCUGUACGACACGACUGAUGAAGAGUUUCCGCUCGUCCGGAGGUAGCGUCAGCGAGCCGCCGUCACUGGUUGCCACGUCGGUCCCGUUGCAGCAGUUCACCAGAGUGCCGGCGAGGACUUGGCUCCUGUUGAAUAGUGCGCCCUGGGCUUGGUCGAAGAAGGAGCCGUUCAUGUCUCUGUGGAUGUCAGUCUGACAGCGCUAUGGCAGCUAUGGGCGCACGCGGUUCCACAGACACACACUCACGGCUAAACCCUGGCUCGCAGUUGCACUUUGCGUCAUGUGACUGUGAAAACAAACCAAAGUAAAAAUCAAAGGAGAAAUGUGUAAUCUUCUUUUAAAUUCGAUAAUUGCCGCACGGCCAAAAGCUGAUAUAUGUCGGUUCGUAUCAGCGGAGAGAAACUAUCACAACCCUAACUUGCGAGUCAAAGUAAUAAACUGAACACAACUUAUACGUAGCUCGAACCUCUCAAGCGGGUCCCCUUGGACAUCUCGAAGGAGGUGUAAAUCUGUAUGUAAGACUACCCUGCAUGCGCACCUGUGCCCGCGUGUGUGAGCUUUCGUGCAAAGUCUCUCUCGCGUUUUAAAGGGAUGAUGAGUUCCCCGUGGACCACACCAUCGCUCUCCACGAGGGGAGGUGGGUGGGUGGGUGCGGAGAGUAGAGAAUUGAACGAUUUAUGCAGCCCUCAUCGACUGUCAGUGACAGCAGUGUUAUUAUUAGAAAAUGUAAUCAAUGGCAUAAGGAUUGGUUAUGUUCUGUCACCACCACUGAAGAACUCCCAUUAGAUGAUUUCUGAUGGAUGUAGAAUAUGGCAAUGCUUUGUAACCUUAAUUCUGGAAGAUACAUGUAUCAAUCCCUACAACACUUUGCUCAAGCUGCAUUUCUCCCUGAAGUGCCAACGUUCUAAUAUUCACUGCAUAAUGAAACAGGAGGUAUAAUAACAGAGGGUUCUGAAAAGAGACUGAUGUACUGUACAGUUCAGUUCUGCACUCAUCCUCUAAAUGCCAUUGUGACAGUUAAACCUUGGAGUAAGCACAGUCAGAGAGAGAUACAUUCAGAGACAGACUACUUGAAUUGAUCAAUUUGAUCAAGUUGAUCAAUCUGGGCAAACUUUUCAGCAGAGAAGUCUAUUUCCGUUCCUCCCCUCUCUGCAUACUUUCCCUGUGUGUGUAGACGCUGGUGCUGGUUAGCAACCUCUCUCUGUUUUAUUAACACGCCUUAUUCAAAUAUCAGUUUCUCCAUCUAGUGCACAGUCAAGCUAUUUCAGCUGCGAUGAAGCCAACACCCUCGAUGAACAUUAAGAUCUCUGCAGCACUAUACGGUAAUGUAGCCUAUACCUGUCAACGAGAUGCGUAGGUUUCGAUGCUCUGACAUAAACUGAAAGCAACCAUAAUCACCAUAAUCUACAUGCAGAUUGAAGAUUGGGUAUGAGAACUUAUUGUCUUUGCCCCCUAUGGACACAACCUCAUCAACCAUGCCUUUGCAUUGAAAACCUCAUAUGUGCCCUAGUGACAGGCUAUAUGAUUGGCUAGACAUAUUCUAGUUACUGAAAGAGUCUCCAAGGCUCAUAUUAUGCAUAUCUUCAAUGGUUUGUAAGGACUUUUUCCCUUCCCAGUUUGGCUUUCAGUGUUGAGCUUGUGUCAAGAUAGAGGACCUCACAAGGAGCCUUAAUAGGCAAUUGUAUCCAACUGUUCAUAUUCUUCUUCUCAUGAUGAUCACCUGCUACAGUAAUAUUAUUUUCCUGCUUCCAUUACCAUCUGUUCUCUUUAGUACCAUCAAGCCCUCUUUAAUGGCCAAACAGGGAACUGUAUUCUCAUAGGUCAUUAUCUCUGGCAUCCACAAUGACUUUGAUUGUAAAGAACAUUGACUUGGAACAGCAGUGAUAUCACUCUGAGUAGUAGACAGUAUUUCUUAUCAUAGACCAGACCACUACUAUUAUUCACAUAGAAUCUCCAUGGUUCAGUAUUUCUUCUAUUUGAACAGGAGUAUUAUAAUAACCUUACAGUAAUUUAUGCUUGUCCUGUCCCUUGGCAUUGUAGAGUAGGUUAUUGUAUGAAGAAGCAAUGGCACCAACUCUAUGGUGAGCAGGUGUAGGCUAUCAUGAUGCUUUCAAAAUACUCCCUCAGAUAAUGUGAGAGACUAUUAAAGGCCCCAGACCUAAUGUUCUGUAUAUCUGCUCAACAAAGCCUGUGAAAAGCAAUUUAGGAUGCUCACGACAUGUCUGGUUGUAAGCGGCUUUAGGCUGCGAACUGACAAGCGUGUGUACAAAUAACGAUUAGCACUUUACACAAAUAUAUUUAAUUUUACUUCUAGGGGGUAAAUUACAGUUUAUUUAUCACUGUAUAAUAACUGGAGCUCAAACAAAGUGUUUGGUGUCCACCAAGCUGGAAUAAUCCUAUUAGCUUUUCUCAUUUAGAUCAGGGACUUGUAAAUGACAACAGUUGGCGGUAUCAACUAAUGCUGUGUAGAUGUUAUUCAGUUCAUUCAUUUAAUAGUGUAUUAUAAUUAUAGAAACAGACAAGGAUUUAAAUGUUGAUUCCUUUGUAAAUACAGCCUGCCUCCCCGUUAACAAUAAAGCAGUAAACACACAGUCAACUAUUUAUGAAACAUUAAACAGCAGUUGUAACACAAAGUACAGUCAGGGACUUUCAUUCCUGAAUCAAGGUGAAUAGUAAAGUUCUUGAAUGAAGAUUCUGUUACUUUCAAACAUUUUGAUAUAAAACUGCUUACAAAGAGUCUUUCACAACAUUUCAGCAGACUUUGAAGUCAAUGUUUUAUAUGUUUCUUUCAUUUCCUGCAUGCAACCUGUUGGUAAAACCGAAGCUUAUACAGUGGGGGAAAAAAGUAUUUAGUCAGCCACCAAUUGUGCAAGUUCUCCCACUUAAAAAGACGAGAGAGGCCUGUAAUUUUCAUCAUAGGUACACGUCAACUAUGACAGACAAAAUGAGAAAAAGAAAAUCCAGAAAAUCACAUUGUAGGAUUUUUAAUGAAUUUAUUUGCAAAUUAUGGUGGAAAAUAAGUAUUUGGUCAAUAACAAAAGUUUCUCAAUACUUUGUUAUAUACCCUUUGUUGGCAAUGACACAGGUCAAACGUUUUCUGUAAGUCUUCACAAGGUUUUCACACACUGUUGCUGGUAUUUUGGCCCAUUCCUCCAUGCAGAUCUCCUCUAGAGCAGUGAUGUUUUGGGGCUGUCGCUGGGCAACAUGGACUUUCAACUCCCUCCAAACAUUUUCUAUGGGGUUGAGAUCUGGAGACUGGCUAGGCCACUCCAGGACCUUGAAAUGCUUCUUACGAAGCCACUCCUUCGUUGCCCGGGCGGUGUGUUUGGGAUCAUUGUCAUGCUGAAAGACCCAGCCACGUUUCAUCUUCAAUGCCCUUGCUGAUGGAAGGAGGUUUUCACUAAAAAUAUCACGAUACAUGGCCCCAUUCAUUCUUUCCUUUACACAGAUCAGUCGUCCUGGUCCCUUUGCAGAAAAACAGCCCCAAAGCAUGAUGUUUCCACCCCCAUGCUUCACAGUAGGUAUGGUGUUCUUUGGAUGCAACUCAGCAUUCUUUGUCCUCCAAACACGACGAGUUGAGUUUUUACCAAAAAGUUCUAUUUUGGUUUCAUCUGACCAUAUGACAUUCUCCCAAUCCUCUUCUGGAUCAUCCAAAUGCACUCUAGCAAACUUCAGACGGGCCUGGACAUGUACUGGCUUAAGCAGGGGGACACGUCUGGCACUGCAGGAUUUGAGUCCCUGGCGGCGUAGUGUGUUACUGAUGGUAGGCUUUGUUACUUUGGUCCCAGCUCUCUGCAGGUCAUUCACUAGGUCCCCCCGUGUGGUUCUGGGAUUUUUGCUCACCGUUCUUGUGAUCAUUUUGACCCCACAGGGGUGAGAUCUUGCGUGGAGCCCCAGAUCGAGGGAGAUUAUCAGUGGUCUUGUAUGUCUUCCAUUUCCUAAUAAUUGCUCCCACAGUUGAUUUCUUCAAACCAAGCUGCUUACCUAUUGCAGAUUCAGUCUUCCCAGCCUGGUGCAGGUCUACAAUGUUGUUUCUGGUGUCCUUUGACAGCUCUUUGGUCUUGGCCAUAGUGGAGUUUGGAGUGUGACUGUUUGAGGCUGUGGACAGGUGUCUUUUAUACUGAUAACAAGUUCAAACAGGUGCCAUUAAUACAGGUAACGAGUGGAGGACAGAGGAGCCUCUUAAAGAAGAAGUUACAGGUCUGUGAGAGCCAGAAAUCUUGCUUGUUUGUAGGUGACCAAAUACUUAUUUUCCACCAUAAUUUGCAAAUAAAUUCAUAAAAAAUCCUACAAUGUGAUUUUCUGGAAAAAAAAAUCUCAAUUUGUCUGUCAUAGUUGACGUGUACCUAUGAUGAAAAUUACAGGCCUCUCUCAUCUUUUUAAGUGGGAGAACAUGCACAAUUGGUGGCUGACUAAAUACUUUUUUCCCCCACUGAAUGUGAAAUACAGAAGUGGUAUUUUCUGAGAAGCAGCACGUUCUGUUAAGUCAAUUAUCUACAUCAUUAGUGGCACUUGAUGCAAUAUAGAACUCAACACAGGUCACAGGUUGCCUAUGUGUAAAGAUAUCAAUAGACAUGGAAAUACAGUAGAUAUAGAUAUGUAUGUGUGUCUCAGACGUGUUCCUUAGCAACAGUAGGCCCAUGAGCAUAGUGAUAGAUGGUUGGUAAAGUUAUUUUGGUUGAGAAAAGGAGGGAGGGAAGAAGAGAGGGAGAGAGAGAGAUGGACGAAGGAGAAGGGAAAACGCUUCAACUUAGCACGGGGGAAUUGGCAGCCUAGCAACACAAACUAAGUGAAGACAUCCCUUAGCAACAGGGAGGGGUUUAGCCCAUUCCCUCCACCUCCCCCUUCCAACUCCCCACUCCACCUCCACCCAUGUCUUUAGAGGCCUUCACACAGGGCAUGGUAGCACCUGAACACAGCAGAGUAGAAGCCCCCACCCUCCAUACACUUAUCCAUCCCUCACCCCAACCCCUUCAUCUCCACAUCCCUUCUCCAGAGGUGCAGCUGGGGGCAGACUUCUUAGGAUGUUGAUCCAGUUCAAUUAGUGUAAUAGAUUACCUACAGCCAAGUCUUCAUUAGAUGAACAAAGUGUGCGUGCGACGGGCAUGUGUGUGAGUGUGAGUGGGGGGGUCAAGAUUAAACGAGAGAGCGAUGGGAUUAACCAACAGGAAGAACUGAUAAACAGAGAGAAGGUUAGAGAGUAUAGAAGAGAGAAACAGAAAGAGAGAGACCAAGAGAAACAGAGGGAUGGAAAGAGAGACAGAGAGAGAGAGAGAAACAGAGAGAGAGAGAGAAACAGAGAGAGAGAAACAGAGAGAAACAGAGAGUGAGAGAGGCCAUGUCUGGGGUGGUGGGCGCUCUCACCUGUGGGACCGUUAAUCACAGAGAGCUAAAUGUAGUCAUUAGUUCCCACCUGACAGAGACUCCAGAUACACAGCAGCAGAGUGUUUCCGACCGCUCCGCUCAACAACCCCGUAACAGGCUGCAUCCAUUAGUCAUUAAAGUUGUUUCAGGGAGAUAAUGGCUUCAUUGCCUUAAUUUGUUGUAACAUUGUCCUGUGUGUGUAUGUGUGUGUACGCUCCCAUUUGUUUGAGUGAGUGUAUCUGUUUGUGUGUUUGAGGGCAGUAAAUUUGAAUUGCAUGGCCUUAAUUGAAUUAACUUGCUAUUUCUACCUCCCAUCUCCAGGGACAACGUCUCCCACACUUCUCUCAUUGAAGAAUCUCCUGGCCUAAACAUUUAGGCAGAUCUAUACAUCUCUCAUUAAACUUUCUUCCUCUCCUUCUUUUGCCCCCUCUUUCUCUCGCCACCUCUCUCCCUUCCACCAUCUCUUAUUCUCCACUCUCCCUCUCUUUUUGUCUCCAGCUUUCUGUGUUACACAGCAGGCUAUGAAACAACCCCAUUGUGCCAAAGAGUGGAUGCGCUUUUAAAAAGAGCCUGUGGAGGAAAAAUGCUCACCCUCUUUUUAUCCCUCUAUACCUCUCUCCUCUCCUUUAAAUGGCAGUUAAGAGUCUUUCUUUCUCUAUAGGUUCUCAUUUGAGUUGCUCUUUACCCAGGGACACCUGUUGAGGAGAGGAGCAGUGCUCUCCGAGCCAGAGAGGCAGGGGGCCAGCGGGUCAGGAGGCACAGCGUCACAGCACAAACAACAUGUCCGCCAUGAGAAGAGCUAGGCCACAUCUCAUAAGGUAAACCAGACUGAUAUAUAGACUACCUGAGUUCAAACAAAUUCCAGGUUGACCCUCUCUUCCAUUAUGAGGUGGUCUUCAUUAAAUCAGACCCAGUGAAAAAGAAAUGGGUGGCGUUGCGGCGGUUGGUUAUCCCAACACUGAUAUUGGCAGAGUGAUUGCAUUCUCAGACUCAGUGAAAAGCUUGACCAGUGUUCUAUGGAGCGUAGACAGAGGUCAAGAACAAUCUCCCGUUCACCAAUACCCCCCCCCCCCCCCCCCCCCCCCCCCUCCUCCCGAUGGUCCGGCUCACUGUCUUAAUUGGGCUCUUUACCCAGCACAGUGUGAGCCAUGGAGCAUUAUCCCCCACCAGGAGCAAUCAGAGCAUAAUGCCAGAACACUGCCUGCCUUCCUGGGUAUUACAGCUUAUCUAUGUCUCUUUUUCUAUCACCUCACCUCGCCGCAAUUCCAGAACACUGGCUGGUGGCAGUAGCUUAGCAACCAGCGAGACAGAGAGAAUAACGGGUAUAGGGGGAGAGGAACAGUGAUUCAAUAAAUGGACAAGCUUAGAGGCAGAGAGAGAGAGAGAGAGAGAGAGAGAGGCAUUGUCUGGGUCCCACUUCCGCCCCCCCAAGUCAAUUUCUACAGGGGUGGCGGUGAUGGUGACGGGUAGGCAGCAGUGGCGGCGGGGCUGGAGACGGCCAGGGCAUUGAUCUAAUCUCGUUUUCAUCCCCCUCCUGCACUUUUAGAGGCACACAAUUUCUCUCCUGCUCCAUCACUCCAUAAUGGACAGGCCUGGGAGGGCCACUAGGCAGGUCAGAUUCAGAUAAAGGAAGAAUACAUCAAACAGGUCUACUGGAUCCUUCUCUAAAGAAGAGAUGGCAGAGAAUGGAUGUAAAUAGCCCAGCCUACAUGCCCACACACACAACAAGCUAAAUAUGCUCAAAGCCCUGUAAACCCUCUUGUGAAGAAUAGCAGAUAAACACAAACCUCCUCAUAUCUCCUCAGAUAAUAAUAUAUAAAAGAUCAAUUAUGAAUACAUCAGUUUAAUUGGGAUUAUAAUCAAAUAAUUAUAAACUCAUCCUUCAAUCCUCUGGUUGAAAGGGAAUAUCCGUUUCAACCGCUAGGGGGCUAUCAAGCACAGGUCACUGAUUCUGAAACGUUCUCACCUUUGUUAUAUGCGGUUUGGACAUGCCGUUAGCUGAAAACAAAAAAAAGAUGUCAACGACAAUGUCUACAAACACUUUUCUCUGCAUUGUUAUAACAAUGUAUUGUUUUUGACAAUAUGUUUUUAUUUCUAGACAUUUUUUAUUUCAUGUUUAUUUUAUUUGUAUUUAUACAUUUGUUUAGUUUAUAUAUAAAUGUAUUCAUUCAUUUAUUUAUUUAUGUAUUUUUUUUAUUAUUAUAAUUUUUUGGGGGGGGGAUAUUGUCGAACAGACUGCAAAAGAUUAGCAGGCAAUUUGAAUGUCUUGAAUCACACAGAUGCUUGCUACCAUUAUAGAGACAGACACAUCUGUACCAUUGACAUGUGGAGAACAUGUCAACAGCAUAUUCUUAAAUAUAAUAAAUAUCCAUACUCUAACCUAUAUGUUAUGUAUUUUAUCUUACAGUUACAUUUCUAUAAAGUAGCCUAAACGUGUAUGUCCGAGCCUCUCUGAAUCAUAAUCAGCAUUGAAUUGUGCAAGAAUGAGGAAAAGCGUUCUAAUUGGUGAUUCACUGGUUUGAGAGUAGGCUACUAAUACUACUACAGAAGGGGAGCAGGGAGAGAAAGUCAAGCAGUCAGUCCUAUCCGAUUUCUCCAACAUGGGAACUUUUUUUGACCGACUAUGGAUAUUGUCUGCUUUAUUAUUAGCUUCUUCUGAAGUUCUUGGUAAGUAUUUUGUUUUUCAUUCAAUAAUUUUUCUGCAAUACGUUUUCCUCUGCCAUUCUAUAAAUCAUUUUCUAUUCUAGGGUGCGUAUGCCGACUGAGUAUUAAUUCUACUUUUGCUGUCCUAUGUUUUUAAUAAGUAAUACGUCUUAAGUUCCAGGAAAACUCACAACGGUUUUGACGAUUUUAUUUACUAAAACAAAAACUAUAUGGCAAUGUAUUGCCCUACUGGAAUGGAACUUUGGAUAUGUUGAUUCCUUCUAAGGGAGCGCUAAUUCUCGAGACGUGCCAGAGUGCGCUUAUAUUAGUACGGCCACACCUUUGCAUCAUACGAUAGCGCUUUCACAUAGUAUUUGUUUUGGCCUCAUGUUUUUUCCAUCAUUAUAGAAACAGUGCUAUAUAGACAAGAAAUCACUUCAACAUGCACAAUAGCGAAUAGCCUAAUAAUAAUAAACAAAAUAACAAAAGGAUAUCUAACACAUCAUUAAACCUCAAUAUAUCUAAUAGACAAAGCGUUCAUCUCAUUGAAAACAUUUUUUCUUUGAAAUAUCAUUUUCAAUUGAUAUGACUGCAAUCAGGUUUUAACCAACUGUUAGCAAGACAUAAUGUGUAACAUCAGAGACAUAUUGAGUAGCGUCAACAUGACACAUUUGAGCGUCACACAGUGGUGGAAAUUCCUGCAGUGUGCGCCUCUUCCUCUACCAUCGAAUUGCCUGCAUGACUGCUGUUUUACAAAACACUGCGCGUGACAGGACAGGUUUGGGUAGCAAGCGGUAUGGUGUAACAGAGGAGGAGAGAGGUAAAGCCUGGGCCAGAGAGGAAGCAGAGGAGGAGGGACCAGCAGAGAGAGAAAAGAGAGUGUGAGGUAGAGAAACAGAACCGUCUGUGGCCCAACUCACCACUGAAGUAAUGAGAACAGAAGAAGAAGUGUGGUUUAAAUGCAGAGUCAGUAUCGAGAAAUUACUUGGCAAAACAGCAAGAAAAAUAACAUUGUCAGAAACACUCAAAGCUAAUAAAGAAUCAAUCUAAAAGUGUCCAUAAAGCUAUAUGAUUCCUAUUCAAGUGUCCAUAUAUGAAUUAUAUGAUUUCCACUACUGGACCUCCUACCGAUUCACUCAUGUUUAUGUUGGUGUGUAUACCUCAGGCUCAAACAUCUGCACAUCUCGAGGGGUGAGCACCUGCAGACAGUGUUUGGCUAUCCACCCUAGCUGUGCUUGGUGCUUUAAGGAAGUGAGUAUAUCCCCUGGGGGACUAUGUACAAAAAGUGCUGUAAUUUCUAAAUGGUUCAUCUGAUAUGGAUGAAAAUACCCUCAAAUUAAAGCUGACAUUCUGCACUUUAACAUCACAGUCAUUGCAUCAUUUCAAAUCCAAAGUUCUGGAGUACAGAGCCAAAACAACCAAAAAUGUGUCGCUGUCCAAAUACUGUAUUCAUCUACUGAACCCCCUCCAUUUUAUUGUAAUGUAUUUAGAUGCACUUUUUUAAUUGUCAAUGUCACUUUACUGGUUGUCUCAUUGGGAAUUGCUACUCUUACCAGUGUGUGUGUUGUUUUCCUGGGUUCAGGAGUUUGGCCAAGGGGGCUCCAGUGCGUCCCGUUGUGAUCUGAAGCAGAACCUGUUGGAUGGUGGGUGUACGGAGGGGGAGCUAGAGUUCCCCUUCAGUACCAUCAGUGUGCAGGAAGACACGCCCCUCAGUGACAAGGCAUCGGGGGCGGCUGACGACGUCACCCAGAUCAGACCCCAGAAACUCAGCCUCACUCUGAGGCCAGGUACUCCAACAUAGCAUAGGCUUACAUACAAACACCCAUAUACAGUGCAUUUGGAAAGUAUUCAGACCCCUUGACUUUUUCCACAUUUUGUUACGUUACAGCCUUAUUCUAAAAUUGAUUUUAAAAAAAAUACAUCUUCAUCAAUCUACACACAAUACCCCACAAUGACAAAGCGAAAACAGGUUUUUAGAAAUUAUUGCAAAUGUAUCACAAAUAAAAGACAGAAAAACCUGAUUUACAUAAGUAUUCAGAGCCUUUGCUAUGAGACUCGAAAUUGAGCUCAGGUGCAUCCUGUUUCCAUUGAUCAUCCUUGAGAUGUUUCUACAACUUGAUUGGAGUCCACCUGUGGUAAAUUCAAUUGAUUGGACAUGAUUUGAAAAGGCACACACCUGUCUAUUUAAGGUCCAACAGUUGACAGUGCAUGUCAGAGCAUAAACCAAGCAAUUAACUCCGAGACAGGAUUGUGUUGAUGCACAGAUCUGGGGAACGGUACCAAGAAAUGUCUGCAGCGUUGAAGGUCCCUAAGAACAUAGUGGCCUCCAUCAUUCUUAAAUGGAAGAAGUUUGGAACCACCAAGACUUCCUAGAGCUGGCCGCCCGGCCAAACUGAGCAAUCAGGGGAGAAGGACCUUAGUCAAGGAGGUGACCAAGAACCCGAUGGUCACUCUGACAGAGCUCCAGAGUUUGUCUGUGGAAAUGGGAGAACCUUCCAGAAGGACAACCAUCUCUGCAACACUCCACCAAUAAGGCAUUUAUGAUAGAGUGGCCAGACGGAAGCCACUCCUCAGUAAAAGGCACAUGACAGCCCUCUUGGAGUUUGCCAAAAGGCACCUAAAGACUCUCAACCAUUAGAAACAACGUUCUCUGGUCUGAUGAAACCAAGAUUGAACUCUUUGGCCUGAAUGCCAAGCGUCACGUCUGGAGGAAACCUGGCACCAUCCCUAUGGUGAAGCAUGGUGGUGGCAGCAUCAUGCUGUGGGGAUGUUUUUUAGCAGCAGGGACUGGGAGACUAGUCAGGAUCAAGGGAAAGAUGAACGGAGCAAAGUACAGAUAGAUCCUUGAUGAAAACUUGCUCCAGAGCGCUCAGGACCUCAGACUGGGCCUCCUGUAGCUCAGUUGGUAGAGCAUGGUGCUUGCAACGCCAGGGUUGUGGGUUCGAUUCCCACGGGGGGCCAGUAUGAAAAAUGUAUGCACUCACUAAAACUGUAAGUCGCUCUGGAUAAGAGCGUCUGCUAAAUUACUAAAAUGUAAAAUGUAAGGUUCACCUUCCAAUAGGACAACGACCCUAAGCACACAGCCAAGACAACGCAGGAGUGGCUUCUGGACAAGUCUCUGAUGCCCGGACUUGUACUCGAUCGAACAUCUCUGGAGAGACCUGAAAAUAGCUGUGCAGCGAUGCUCCCCAUCCAACCUGACUGAGCUUGAGAGGAUCUGCAGAGCAGAAUGGGAGAAACUCCCCAAAUACAGGUGUGCCAAACUUGUAGCAUCAUACCCAAUACGACUCGAGGCUGUAAUCGCUGCCAAAGGUGCUUCAACAAAGUACUUAGUAAAGGGUCUGAAUACUUAUGUAAAUGUAAUAUUUCCAUUUUUUUAUUUUUAAUACAUUUGCAAAAAUGUCUAAAAACCUGUUUUGAUAACUGAUAACUGAUCUAAAGUACAUUGAACAGAGGAAUUGUUACAUAUUGUUUGAUCUCCUUCUCACUCGUUCUCCUUUCCUCUCUCACAAAUUCAUCCCUCUCCUUUUUAUCCUUUACCCCCCACCUCUCUCUCUCUGUCUCUCUUUCUCUCUCUCUCUCUCUCUCUCUCUCUCUCUCUCUCUCUCUCUCUCUCUCUCUCUCUCUCUCUCUCUCUCUCUCUCUCUCUCUCUCUCUCUCUCCUUCCUCCUCAGAUGAUGCCAGGCGUUUCACAGUGACAGUGAAGCAGGUGGCGGACUACCCAGUGGACCUGUACUAUCUGAUGGACCUCUCCUACUCCAUGAAGGACGACUUGGCCCGCCUGCGCUCCCUGGGCAACCAGCUGGCUGCAGCCAUGGGCCACACCACCAGCAACCUGCGUAUGGGCUUUGGGGCCUUUGUGGACAAGCCCCUGUCCCCAUAUAUGUACACCUACCCUGAGGAAGCCAUCAGGAACCCUUGCUAUGAGUGAGUGAGGGCUAGAGGGGACAGAGAGAUGGAGGAGGAGGAGAAGGAGGGAGAGGAGGAGGAGAUUUUGCAGAGGGGAAGAUUUUGAUUCUGCUGAGAUUCUAAAAAGGCUGAUAUACUAUGUUGGAGCUCAAAUUCCCUCAGGAUUUGUCUGUUAUUAGCUGUCAAGUUGUGUCUAACAGCAACGUAUUUCUCUCUCGCUCUCUCUCUCUCCACCUUUUUGCCCUCUUCCUGUUUUCGGCAUGGCAUGGGGUGUGAUGUGUAGUAUCCAGACGCGGUGCCUGCCUCAGUUUGGCUACAAGCACGUGCUGUCUCUGACGAAGCAGGUGGAGCGCUUCACUGAAGAGGUGGCGAAGCAGCAGGUGUCUCGUAACAGAGACUCCCCAGAGGGAAGCUUCGACGCGGUCAUACAGGCAGUGGUGUGCAAGGUGAUACACACACACACCUACAGACAUGCAGGCACACACACACACACACACGCACACACACAAUCAGUGGUUUAGAAACAGCACACAGACUUGAAUACAUACCGUUUCUCUCCUCUCCUCUUCUUUCCAUCUCUCUCCCUCCCUCUGUCAUUAGGACAAGGUAGGCUGGCGUGCGGAUGCCUCCCACCUGUUGGUGUUCACUACUGAUGAUACGACACACAUAGCCCUGGACGGCCGACUGGCUGGUCUAGUGCAGCCCAAUGAUGGACAGUGUCACGUCGACAAAGACAACAACUAUGACAAGUCCUCAACCUUGGUGAGUGGUGUGUGUUCUAUUCUUCUGACUAGAGAAACGUUAUGAUAAUGGUCUUCUUCUUCAGGACUACCCCUCUCUGGCUCUGAUUACAGAGAAGAUGUCUGAGAACAACAUCAACCUAAUUUUCGCUGUGACCAACAAUGUGGUGCCCCUCUACCAGGUGAGUACACCUGACUGUUAUCAGGGUCACCAUGGUUACUAGGUGUAGGGUUAUGGUACAGUACGUCUUAUGUCCCUCUUUCCUCAGAACUACAGCCAGCUCAUUCCUGGCACCACAGUUGGAACGCUGUCGGGUGACUCUGGGAAUGUGAUCCAGCUCAUCCUGGAUGCUUACGAGGUAUGAAAAUGUAUGCACUCACUAACUGUAAGUCGCUCUGGAUAAGAGCAUCUGCUAAAUGACUAGAAUGUACAUGUAAAAUGUAAGAGACAGCCGUAUAUAUGAGAGUUGGGUUUUGAUUUCAUCCAUGCACAGUCAUGCCCACUUGACCAUUAACGCAAGUUGGUAACACCUAGGGAGAAUUGUCAUGCACUGAGAAACUGUCACGGUUUCGGGCCGAGGCUGCCUCUCUUCCUUGCUCGGGCAGGCUUCGGCGUUUGUCGUCUCCGGAAUACUAGCUGCCACCGUUGCAUGUUUCUAUGUUCGUUUGCUUUUGUCUGAUUGUUGUUACACCUGUUAUCGUUUAGUGUCAUUAGUGUCCUAUAAGUUCUCGUUGUGUUUGUCAAGUGUUGUGUGUGAUUGUUUUACUGUCGUGCGGUUGGCUAGUAUUCUACUGUUUGCUCGGUUGAGCUAUUCUCCAUAGUGUUUGGAGUGUUUUGACGCACCUGUUAGUGCGCCCGUUUGUUUUCGCCUACGUGCGGAGUUCUCGCCUCAGGGCAUUUAUUUGUGCUUGUGUUUUGUGCAUCUACUAAAGUCUUUUGGACUAACGUUCUGCGUCCUGCGCCUGAUUCCACCACCACACCCACCUACAGCUACACAGACAGAAUCACACACCCGCUCGAAUGGAAUCAGCAGGAGCCGCAGCCGCACAGGAGACGUUGGAGGACAGAGUCCGGGAGCAGAAUGACCAGAUCCUGCGGAUGGGGUCCGCCCUGCAGGAGGUGAUCACCACCCUCCAACGCUGGGAGACCCGAGGGACACCCCCAACGCCAUCUUCCCUGCCCUCACCAUCGGCAAGUCAGCCCCUUCCCGCUCCGGAACCCAGAGGAGUUCGACUCUUGCUCCCGAGGGCCUUCGUCAGCCCGGCUCGGCCCGUUCCUGCUCCCCGCACCAAGUCAGUGGUGCGCUUCGUCAGCCCGGCUCGGCCCGUUCCUGCUCCCCGCACCAAGUCAGUGGUGCGCUUCGUCAGCCCGGUCCGGCCCGCUCCUGCUCCCCGCACCAAGUCAGUGGUGCGCUUCGUCAGCCCGGCUCGGCCCGUUCCUGCUCCCCGCACCAAGUCAGUGGUGCGCUUCGUCAGCCCGGUCCGGCCCGCUCCUGCUCCCCGCACCAAGUCAGGGGUGCGUUUCGUCAGCCCGGCUCGGCCCGUUCCUGCUCCCCACACCAAGCCAGUGGUGUGCGUCAUCAGUCCGGCACAGCCCGUGCCUGUUCCACUGGUGCCUGGUUCAGCACCGGUCAGCUGCUUCACGCCGGACCAGGGGUACUUUGGGGGGUUGGAGAGGGAGUGGGGAUCAGGCCCGGAGCCGGAUCCGCCGCCAAGGUGGAGUGCCCACCCGGUCCCUCCCCUGUGGUGUUUGGUUGGCGCGGCCGGAGUCCGCGCCUUUAGGGGGGGGUACUGUCACGCCCUGGCUCUGGGGACACUUGUAUGUUGAGCCAGGGUGUGAGUUUCCUUUGGGUAUUCUAGUUUUUUGUAUAUCUAUGUUGGCCAGGGUGGCUCCCAAUCAGAGACGGCUGUAGCUCGUUGUCUCUGAUUGGGAGUCAUACUUAGGUAGCCGUUAGGCAUUCAUUGGGUGUGGUUUCUUGUUCCGUGUUGUUCCAUGUAUGUAACCAGGGACGUCACGUUUUCGUUUUGUUGUUUUGUUCGUGUGUUCAUUCAAAUUAAAUAAAAUGUUCGCAUUCCACGCUGCGCCUUGGUCCUCCUCUGUUCCCGACGAGCGUGACAGAAACAGCUGCGCUGAGUGAGCUCUAUCCAAUCGUAGCAGCAGAAUCAACCUACAGCCUGCCCAUUUACAGACAACAGAAAUAUCCAUUAGCACGCAGCGCCUCGGACUUGUUUACAUAUGAGACAACAAAACAUAGACAUUGUAGCCAAUGUUAUGUUGAAAGAACGACACUUAUGUUGAAAGAACAGGAGUUAACGUUAGCAUAACAAACACAACUGUCAUAAGAAAUACUGAUACUCUAGAAAGCAGGAAAUGCUCAGAGCUUGUCAUGCUGCGUCAUGCGGUUGCUAAGCCAUUCGUCGCGUACAUUGGCUGUUUGGGAUAUUUCAAGAGGAACACACAACGCUAGCAAACACAACACUCCCACUUCAAACUCUCAUUGCUUCUAGUAUUUCUUAAUGAGGAUGUGGAAAAGCGAGGCGAAAUGAGUGAGUUCAGCCCCCCUUUAAUUCUCAAACAGUCUAUUUGACUUCCCAAGAGCCAAUGUGUGACAGAUAGAACACUGUAUAUACACACUAUCCAUUUACGCAGAGACUAAGAGUAGAGGUUUUCUGAAUCGUUUAUGUUUCUGAUUGAGUUCAUUCUGACCUCUGACCUCUGCUCCUUGACCCCUGACCUGUGGAGUAGAGAAUCCGUUCCAAGGUGGAGCUGGAGCUGCUGGGUGUUCCAGAGGAGCUGGCCCUGUCCUUCAACGCCACCUGCCUCAACGGAGAGCUCAUCCAGGGACUCAAGUCCUGCUCCGGACUUAAGAUCGGAGACACAGUCAGUACCUGUACCACCACCAUCUGGAUGUUAAAUGCCUGGCAUAGUGUCAGAUCUUAGGGAUAAUGCUCUGUUCUUACUGCACAGUUCAAAUAUAACCUGCUGUAUCACACACACCUUUCCCCCCAGGUGUCGUUCAGUGUGGAGGCCAGGUUACACGGCUGCCCUAAAGAGAAGAACCGUACCUUCACCAUUAAACCUGUGGGCUUCAAGGACGCCCUGGAGGUUACGGUCCACUUCGCCUGUGGGUGUGACUGUGAGGCCGCAGCUCAGCCUGAGAGCCCUCUCUGUAACCAGGGCAACGGGACCUACGAGUGUGGUGUGUGCCAGUGUCACCCGGGGCGCCUGGGAGACCGCUGUGAGUGUGCUGACGGGGACUACAGGCCCUCAGACCAGGGCAACUGCAGCCCCAAAGCUGAGGACCCCAUCUGCAGUGGGAGGGGCAACUGUGUGUGUGGCCAGUGCUCCUGUCACACUAGUGGCUUUGGAAAGGUGUGGGGCAAGUACUGCGAGUGUGAUGACUUAAACUGCCUGCGCUUCAAAGGAGAGAUCUGCUCAGGUGAGUGGAUAGAUACACUGUUGUAUCUGUCAAUGAGACAGCCAUGUUGGUUUCUUUUACUGCAUGUUAUUUUCUGCUGAGUUUUGAAACUUUACUCAUCAACAUAAGUCGACAGGUUGUUUUUGUAACAUUCCUUCUCUGUGUUUGCUUUAGAAUGUGAACCACAAUUCUGUCAUUACAAUGAUCAUUUACCAUUUUUGGCAGGCCUAUGGUUUUAGCAGGAAAGAGGAGAUUUCCCUUUCCUUCGAACAUGUCCACAAUGCCUCAGUUGACCCUUAUCCAGACCUCUCUCUCUCUUUUACUGUCACUUUAACUAUUUUACUGUUAAUUUAACCCAUUCUAUGAUUUGCUUGGCUUUAAUCAUAGAUAAUCUAAAACGUUCUCUUUUAGCUUGGCUCUUGAACACCACAUGUGGUAAUCCAUUGGUAUCCAUUGUUACCACAAAGUUUCUUAGUUAAUACCAUGUAAAUACUAGGUAAUUACCGGUUUAAACCAGGCUAUAAAAUAUGAUGUUACAUGCCAUAUACUGUACGUUGUUGCCUUUGAAAUAGGCCAAGAAGACUACACAAUGUUGUGUAGCGAUAAACAGAGAAUGCGGUGGUUCACAAUUGGUCGAUGUCGUUGACCUCUGACAUUUGCUCAAAUUAAUUUGCCUACUGUACUGUAGCUCCAAUGGAUAUACCCAGUCUGCUCUUGCAUUUAGAUUGUAUUAUAAAUGUGAAAACAUUCUAAGGAAACGGUACAUGUUUACAAUACACUUACAGUGGGGAAAAAAGUAUUUAGUCAGCCACCAAUUGUGCAAGUUCUCCCACUUAAAAAGAUGAGAGAGGCCUGUAAUUUUCAUCAUAGGUACACGUCAACUAUGACAGACAAAUUGAGGAAAAAAAAUCCAUAAAAUCACAUUGUAGGAUUUUUAAUGAAUUUAUUUGCAAAUUAUGGUGGAAAAUAAGUAUUUGGUCACCUACAAACAAGCAAGAUUUCUGGCUCUCACAGACCUGUAACUUCUUCUUUAAGAGGCUCCUCUGUCCUCCACUCGUUACCUGUAUUAAUGGCACCUGUUUGAACUUGUUAUCAGUAUAAAAGACACCUAUCCACAACCUCAAACAGUCACACUCCACUCCACUAUGGCCAAGACCAAAGAGCUGUCAAAGGACACCAGAAACAAAAUUGUAGACCUGCACCAGGCUGGGAAGACUGAAUCUGCAAUAGGUAAGCAGCUUGGUUUGAAGAAAUCAACUGUAUGAGCAAUUAUUAGGAAAUGGAAGACAUACAAGACCACUGAUAAUCUCCCUCGAUCUGGGGCUCCACGCAAGAUCUCACCCCGUGGGGUCAAAAUGAUCACAAGAACGGUGAGCAAAAAUCCCAGAACCACACGGGGGGACCUAGUGAAUGACCUGCAGAGAGCUGGGACCAAAGUAACAAAGCCUACCAUCAGUAACACACUACGCCGCCAGGGACUCAAAUCCUGCAGUGCAAGACGUGUCCCCCUGCUUAAGCCAGUACAUGUCCAGGCCCGUCUGAAGAUUGCUAGAGUGCAUUUGGAUGAUCCAGAAGAGGAUUGGGAGAAUGUCAUAUGGUCAGAUUUUUGGUAAAAACUCAACUCGUCGUGUUUGGAGGACAAAGAAUGCUGAGUUGCAUCCAAAGAACACCAUACCUACUGUGAAGCACGGGGGUGGAAACAUCAUGCUUUGGGGCUGUUUUUCUGCAAAGGGACCAGGACGACUGAUCCGUGUAAAGUAAAGAAUGAAUGGGGCCAUGUAUCGUGAGAUUUUGAGUGAAAACCUCCUUCCAUCAGCAAGGGCAUUGAAGAUGAAACGUGGCUGGGUCUUUCAGCAUGACAAUGAUCCCAAACACACCGCCCGGGCAACGAGGGAGUGGCUUCGUAAGAAGCAUUUCAAGGUCCUGGAGUGGCCUAGCCAGUCUCCAGAUCUCAACCCCAUAGAAAAUCUUUGGAGGGAGUUGAAAGUCCGUGUUGCCCAGCGACAGCCCCAAAACAUCACUGCUCUAGAGGAGAUCUGCAUGGAGGAAUGGGCCAAAAUACCAGCAACAGGUUGUGAAAACCUUGUGAAGACUUACAGAAAACGUUUGACCUGUGUCAUUGCCAACAAAGCGUAUAUAUUGAGUAACUUUUGUUAUUGACCAAAUACUUAUUUUCCACCAUAAUUUGCAAAUAAAUUCAUAAAAAAUCCUACAAUGUGAUUUUCUGGAUUUUUUUUUCUCAUUUUGUCUGUCAUAGUUGACGUGUACCUAUGAUGAAAAUUACAGGCCUCUCUCAUCUUUUUAAGUGGGAGAACUUGCACAAUUGGUGGCUGACUAAAUACUUUUUUCCCCCACUGUAUUCACAAGAAGUUAUUCAAAUUAUUCAAAUCAAAACCACGUCUUCUUCCAUGAUAAUUUUAGUGCAGUAAACAAGCUCACAGAACUCACUGAUUCUAUCAAUCUUCUAACCACUCUUCGGAAGGAAGUAUGAAAUGUCAUACCUGAUAAUCUCUCCCUACUGCAUGCCUGCACAGCACACCCGUUGCUCAAUCAAAGUAACAACAUUUUAAUAGGUCCUGUCAUUGGAUAACUGAAUGUUGCUGCAUAGCAGAUGAGUCAUGGUGCUGUUGCUGCAUUUAUGUAUGUGUUGGCUGUAGCUAUAACUCUGUGUUUUAACCACAGCCAUUCCCUUAGGGAUGGAUGAGCGUUAUUAGACAACCAGGACUGUGCUUAUGGUAACAGAGGUUAAAGUCAGAUUGGCCAGUCGCUGUUGUACUCACUGAAAGAAUGAGAUGCACUGGAUACCUGUACAGAAGUUAUAUCUGUAAGUUCUUGAUGUUUCCAGGGAAAGAGCUAUGUAGUAUAUUAUAGUAUUUUACUGAAAAUACAUUGUUUGAUUCCCUCCAUAAGACAUUAUUUGUUGUCAAAUAGAUAGUUCCCAUUAGUUCCCUGUGUAGCCUUGAGUCCAAGGAAUGAGGAUGUUCCCAUGGUCAACCGCUUCAAAUGUACUGUUUGUUUUCACAUUGUCCAGACUUUUCCUCAUCCUUCUCUCCCCCCUCACCCAGCCAUAGCGUCCCUCCACAGGGAUUUAGACGGGAAGGCGGCGGCGGGGGGGGGGGGGGGGGGGGUUCUGAGUCGCGUGAGACAGCAUCUCCUAACCAAAACAGUCUGGCCCUUUGGGAAGUCACCAUAGAAAGGGCCUGUGGACUGAACAAGAGGGGCGUCAUGUGAACCAGAAUUGUUUCCAUUUAUUCAAUUUACUUAAGGCAACCAGCUGCUAUAGAAUUGUGAGUUUGCUCAACAAAAUAGCAUUAAAGUUAAUUCAACGUAAAUUGUAAGGUAACCAACUGUAAUAGGAUUGUGCGUUUGCUCAACAUUUGGACAUAUAGCUGAACCAACAUACAUUCUCAAGUUUAAUUGUAUGUUCACUCAACUUCGAAUUUUUAUUUAUUCUACGUUAUUUGCAUAUUUCCCAGUGUAAAAUUAAACUCUUCAUGACAAUAUAUUACAUAUAUCAUAAGGCCUUUCUUUGAUGGUGUCACGUUCGUUGAAUGACGGGACAGACCAAGGCGCAGCGUGAUAUGCGUACAUGUUUAUUAAACUUUAAACCCACGACAAAACAACAAAGGAAACGAAACGUGAAGUCCAAUUUAGAACACACAACAUACCUUACAAGGAACAAGAUCCCACAACCCACUAGUGCCAAUAGGCUGCCUAAGUAUGAUCCUCAAUCAGAGACAACGAGCUACAGCUGCCUCUGAUUGGGAACCACACCGGCCAACAUAGAUCUACACAUAAUAGAUCGAAACAUAGAAAACACACAACAAAGAAUAUACACACCCUGACUCAACAUUUAAGCGUCCCCUGAGUCAGGGCGUGACAGUACCCCCCCCCCCCCCCCCCCCCCAAAGAUGCGGACUCUGACCGCACAACAUAAACAUAACAGGGUAGGGGACGGGUGGCAUUCCGCCUCGGAGGCAGAUCCGGCUCAGGGCGUGACGACCUCUCACUCUCCGCCUCCCUGUUGCGCCCCUGGUCUGGUCUGGACCUCGGCGCGCUGCUUCCCCUCUCCUUCCUCCCACGAUACGCCAGGCCCUGUCUGGACCCUGGUGUGGGAGACCCCGAACCUGGAGAGAGGCUGACGUCAUGGUCUGGACUGGAGCCGCUGACCGGAGCUGGACUGGGCACCGGUGGAGCGGACUACUCUGGCUCCGGAGUGGAGUCGCUGACCGGAGCUGGUUCAAGCACCGGUGGAGCAGACUGCUCUGGCUCCGGAGUGGAGCCGCUGACCGGAGCUGGACUGGACCCCGGUGGAGCGGACUGCUCUGGCUCCGGAGUGGCGCAGCUGACCGGAGCUGGAUCAGGCACCGGUGGAGCGGACUGCUUUGGCUCCGGAGUGGAACAGCUGACCGGAACUGGAUCAGGCACCGGUGGAGCGGACUGCUCUGACUCCGGAGUGGAGCAGCUGACCGGUGCCGGACAAGGCACCGGUGGAACAGGCACGGGCCGUGCCGGACUGGACAAACGCACCACUGGCUUGGUGCGAGGGGCAGGAACGGGCCGGACCGGACUAGGAACACGCACCACUGGCUUGGUGCGAGGGGCAGGAACAGGCCGGGCCGGACUGGCGACGCGCACCACUGGCUUGGUGCGAAGAGCAGGAACAGGCCGGGCCGGACUGGCGACGCGCACCACUGGCUUGGUGCGAGGAGCAGGCACGGACCGGACUAGGAACACGCACCACUGGCUUGGUGCGAGGGGCAGGAACGGGCCGGACUGGCGACGCGCACCACUGGCUUGGUGCGAGGAGCAGGAACAGGCCGGGCCGGACUGGCGACGCGCACCACUGGCUUGGUGCGAGGAGCAGGAAUGGGCCGGACUGGCGACGCGCACCACUGGCUUGGUGCGAGGAGCAGGAACAGGCCGGGCCGGGCUGGCGACGCGCACCACUGGCUUGGUGCGAGGAGCAGGAACAGGCCUGCCGGGAUGGCGACGCGCACCACUGACUUGGUGCGAGGAGAAGGAACAGGCCGGGCCGGGCUGGCGACGCGCACCACUGGCUUGGUGCGAGGAGCAGGAACAGGCCGGGCCGGGCUGGCGACGCGCACCACUGGCUUGGUGCGAGGAGCAGGAACAGGCCGGGCCGGACUGGCAACGCGCACCACUGGCUUGGUGCGAGGAGCAGGAACAGGCCGGGCCGGGCUGUGGAGGCGGACUGGAGGUCUGGAGCGGAGAGCUGGCACAACCCGUCCUGGCUGGAUGCCUACUUCCGCACAGUAUGUGUGAGGCAUCAGCACAGGACGCACUGGCGCAGGAUAUGCGGGACCGAGGAGGCGUACUGGAGACCAGGAGCGUUGAGCCGGCACACCCCUUCCUGGCUGGAUGCCCAUCUUCGCACGGCACGUGCAAGCACAGGACGUAAAGGACUGUGCCGGCGCACUGGCGACACAGUACGUAGCUCCGCAUAACACGGAGCCUGCCCAGUCAUACGCUUCCUCGCGUGAGUACGGGGAGUUGGCUCUGCUCUGACACUAGGCUCCGCCAACCACCCCGUGUGCCCCCCCCCCCCAACAUUUUCUUGGGGCUGCUUCUCGGGCUUCCUCCUCGACCGGCCUCCUCCGUGUUGCCGUUGCUCCUCUCCUGCCUGGGCAUCUACCUUAGCCCAUGGUCCUUUCCCCGCAAAUAUCUCUUCCCAUGACCACAAUUUGCCCACCUGUGACAUGGCUACUCGCUCCGCCUGGGCACGCUGCUUGGGCCUCGUUUGGUGGGAUCUUCUGUCACGUUCGUUGAAUGACGGGACAGACCAAGGCGCAGCGUGAUAUGCGUACAUGUUUAUUAAACUUUAAACACAUGACAAAACAACAAAGGAAACGAAACGUGAAGUCCAAGGUAGAACACACAACAUACCUUACAAGGAACAAGAUCCCACAACCCACUAGUGCCAAUAGGCUGCCUAAGUAUGAUCCCCAAUCAGAGACAACGAGCUACAGCUGCCUCUGAUUGGGAACCACACCGGCCAACAUAGAUCUACACAUCAUAGAUCGAAACAUAGAAAACACACAACAAAGAAUAUACACACCCUGACUCAACAUUUAAGCAUCCCCUGAGUCAGGGCGUGACAGAUGGCCUAGUUACACCCUAACGCAGUGGUUAUGAAAACUCCUGAUUUCCAGGCCACAUCAAGCCUGCACAUUAUGCUGGCUUGCGAAGUGUAAUUUCUAUUGGAGUCCAGCCAGAGUGAGGAUAUCCAACAAUUUGAACUUUUAAUUACCUGCAACCUGCAUUGAGAAUGAAAGACUGAUUAUUGAGACUACCUAAAUCAUAUUAACUGGAACAGCCAUCUCAGUAAUGGGUGCAAAAAGUCCAACUACUAACAGAUUAGAUUAGAAAAAUGUAUGUUAUUUAUGUUUGUGUAGCAUAAGAUUAAUCAUCCAAUCAAUGUACAUGCAAAAACACAGGUAUUGAAACAAACAAUUCUGAAAAUCAACCUGCAAUAGAUCAUGCUGGGAAAUAUGAUAAUGAUGGGCGUGGUUUUGAGCAAACAUAUAUUUGUAAUUUUACUCCAAAGGCAAACAUGAAUUUGUAAUUCGUCUCAACAAGUGUAUAUACAGUACAUUCAGCUCAAUGUGAGCAACGUUUGUUGAAUGAAUAAACCUUCACACAUUAGCUCAAUUUCUUGUCCUUCUGAAGUCCACUCAAUUCACAGAAUAAUGCUGAUUAAGCAAUUGGUUAAGUUGGCUUUUUUACAGUGUGUGCUUUGUGUGAAAUGUUAUGUAUGGUGGUUAGGGUGAAGUCAGGACUUGGGAAUGGGACAUAUUUGGUUAAAACAGUCAAUUAUGUCUUAACUCAGCAUUAGCUAUGGUUUUGUCAGUGGAAAAUAUGUUGUUUGUGGGAUUGUGGUCUUAGUCAUUGAGAUCUACUCUUGUAUGAAGCGUCUAGGGUUGGAAUGAAUGACACAGAAAUGCAACAGUCCAGAACUACAUAUUUAGAGAGGAGAGCCAGUGGAGCACGCUGAAGGAGACUCAACUUAGUCAGCCUGUGUCUCUGGAGUCUUGUUGGCAUGAUGUCAUUGCUGUGUGAAGAACAGAACAGUAUCAGAGUCCCUGGGCCCCAGCUCAAUCUGAGUCUCCCCCAAGACCCAUCCCGUCCUCCUGACCCCAGGCCCUCCCACAUCCCCCUGAGGGUGUGUAUUUCUCCCUCUGCUCUGGAGCUGGGACUGAAGCUGGAUCUAGGACUGUGGCAGCAGAGCACAGUAGACCAGGAGUCAGCAAGCACACCCACAGGGCACACAAACAGGCUGGAGAGAACAUGAAAGUUAGCAUUCCUCUGGCACGCUGCCCUCUCUUUCUAUCCUCUCCUCUCUAUCUCCCUGUUUAAAGUUCAUCUCCAUCACCAAUACUCCCACUCAUCUCCUCUCUCUUUUUUAAAUGAUUCUCUCAUCGGUGUGUUUACAGACCGAGGCAGAUGAUUUAGACAAACAUCCCAAAUGGCACCCUAUUCCCUAUAUAGUGCACUACAAAAGUAGUGCACUGUCAGGAACAGGGUGCCAUUUGGAAUGUAUACCUAGAAACUCCUUCUCAUGUCUCUGACUUGAUCCUAGAACAAGUAAAGUAGAGAGAACAAGACACAAGCAUGAACUCACUGUACGGAUGAGGGAGAGUAUAAGGAGCAUUAGCCAAACAAGGUUUUAAGAGAGGAAAACCGGGACUUUCUUUACUAUGUAUUGAUUGUGUCCCUGUCAAAAGCAUUCAUUUGGGUCAGUGCUCUGUUUGUAGGCUAUAUACUGUAAAACAGGGUUCCCCAACUGGCGCCCCAAAUUUGGCCCGCAGGUGGUUUUAUUUGGCCUCCCAUGUUUUUGGAGAAGAAAAGCCUAAUAUUAUAUCUGUUUGGGCUUCUUGCGGUCAAUUUGCAGUCUACAAAUUAUUUGUAAUUAUGUUCCGGCCCCCGGACCAUCCACUCAAGAAAAAAUCGGCCCGUGCCUGAAUCUAGUUGAUGAUCCCUGCUGUAAAACAUUAACCAGCUCAACUCAGACCACUCUCAUCGGUGUGUUUACAGUAUUCCCCCCCCCUCUCUGUCUUUCUCGCUCUCUCUCUUUCUUUAUAUUUCUGUCUAUGACUUCCUCCAUUGCUUCCCUCUCAUUCUCUCUGUCCUCCCUCCUGGUUUAUGUGUCUCUGUAGUUUAUGUUUACUACUUGAGUUGGAGGAUUAGAGUGCCGUCUCAGACCGAGGCAGAUGAUUUAGACAAACAUCCCAAAUGGCACCCUAUUUCCUAUAUAGUGCACUACUUCUGACCAGGGUCAUAGGGCUCAGGUCAAAAGUAGUGCACUGUCAGGAACAGGGUGCCAUUUGGAAUGUAUACCUAGAAACUCCUUCUCAUGUCUCUGACUUGAUCCUAGAACAAGUAAAGUAGAGAGAACAAGACACAAGCAUGAACUCACUGUACGGAUGAGGGAGAGUAUAAGGAGCAUUAGCCAAACAAGGUUUUAAGAGAGGAAAACCGGGACUUUCUUUACUAUGUAUUGAUUGUGUCCCUGUCAAAAGCAUUCAUUUGGGUCAGUGCUCUGUUUGUAGGCUAUAUACUAUAAAACAGGGUUCCCCAACUGGCGCCCCAAAUUUGGCCCGCAGGUGGUUUUAUUUGGCCUCCCAUGUUUUUGGAGAAGAAAAGCCUAAUAUUAUAUCUGUUUGGGCUUCUUGCGGUCAAUUUGCAGUCUACAAAUUAUUUGUAAUUAUGUUCCGGCCCCCGGACCAUCCACUCAAGAAAAAAUCGGCCCGUGCCUGAAUCUAGUUGAUGAUCCCUGCUGUAAAACAUUAACCAGCUCAACUCAGACCACUUAUGUGCCUGCAAGACAGUAAAGCAACCCUUUGUAACUAUAGCUGCCUCUUUCAUUACACACACACACGUAUGCACACACACACACACGCACACACACACACACAUCUCAUAGUGAUGACAGAGUCAGAUAGGGGGUGGGAACUGGGGAAUUCAGCUGAAGGAGGUGGUUUCACCUGAAAACAACAAUGGCCAUGUCUCUAAGGGCCUGUUUCUACAGUUUACAGACCCCUGUUUAGUUUCCAUCGGUAACUCUAACCCAGCUGAGCUCUGAGUCAGUGACUCAGUUUGUCUCUGCUCUUAGUCAUUCAUUGCCCAGACCUGUUGCUUUAACCUUCAUCCUGUGGGAAACAGCCGGUUGCUCUAGUAUGUCUGUCUGAGGGCAAUCAAACAAUCAUUUCUCAACUGGCUGGGCUGAGAGAUAUUGAGGAGGCUCCAGGGAGUGGUCAUCGCAGCCAGGGAUUGUCCCAGUGUUGGGAGGGGAACAGUGGGAUCGAUUACUAGUUUGCUUCAUCCUGCCAUUGUCUGCACUGUCUGGUCAUGAAUUGAUGACUUAAUGUUUUGGGAAUUAUUACUCAAUAUGGACUCAUCACACAUGUGCCUGCCUGCCCAUGCUCUCAAUACACUAAUUAAUACAUAUGGAGACAAACACAUGCAGAUCUGCUGACAAUUAUACUGAACAAAAAUAUAAACGCAACAAUCAACAAUUUCAAAGGUUUUACUGAGUUACAGUUCAUAUGAAGAAAUCAGUCAAUUGAAAAUGAAUUCAUUAGGCCCUAAUCUAAGGAUUUCACAUGACUGGGAAUACAGAUAUGCAUCUGUUGAUCACAGAUACCUUUAAAAAAAACGGGCCUCACAAUGGGCCUCAGGAUCUCGUCACGGUAUCUCUGUGCAUUCAAAUUGCCAUCGAUAAAAAGCAAUUGUGUUCGUUGUCCGUAGCUUAUGCCUGCCCAUACCAUAACCCCACAGUCCACCAGGGGACACUCUUUUCACAACGUUGACAUCAGCAAACCGCUCGCCCACAAAACGCCAUAUUGGAGGCGGCUUAUGGUAGAGAAAUGAACAUUAAAUUAUCUGGCAACAGCUCUGGUGGACAUUCCUGCAGUCAGCAUGCCAACUGCACACUCCCUCAAAACUUGAGACAUCUAUGAAGUUGUGUUGUGUGAAAAACUGCACAUUUUAGAGUGGCCUUUUAUUGUCCCCAGCACAAGGUGCAACUGUGUAAUGAUCAUGCUGUUUAAUCAGCUUCUUGAUAUGCCACACCUGUCAGGUGGAUUAUCUUGGCAAAGGAGAAAUGCUCACUAACAGGGAUGUAAACAAAUUUGUGCACAACAUUUGAGAGAAAUACACUUUUUGUGCAUAUAGAAAAUGUCUGGGAUCUUUUAUUUCAGCUCAUGAAACAUGAGACCAACACUUUACAUGUUGCGUUUAUAUUUUAGUUCAGUGUAGAUACAAUCUGCCAAAAACACACGCACAACCACUCACACACACAUUGCUUUGAAAUUCAUAACAUUCCAGGCCAGGGUUGGAAUUGCACUCGGGUUUGUCCAGUACCGAUUACGUGAUGUAUGAGAGAAAAAUAACCCUAAUGUACAAAAUAUACAUUUUUAGUGCCUCUAAGUUAGACAUGAAAUAGCCAUGAAACAUGGCCCAUCCUCUCUCUCUGUCUAUACCAGGACAUGGGAAAUGUGACUGUGGCUUCUGCAAGUGCGGCUCUGACUGGAAGGGGGAGAACUGUAACUGUUCCACCCGGACAGACACCUGCAUGUCCAGCAUGGGCCUGUUGUGCAGCGGUCGGGGCCAGUGUGUGUGUGGGGCCUGUGAGUGCACCCAGCCAGGGGCCUACGGGGCCACUUGUGAGAGGUGUCCAACCUGCCCUGAUGCCUGCAGCAUCAAGAAGUGA